CACAACGCCUUCAAAAAUAAGAUCACUAAAGCAGCUUCUUUGAAGAAGCCAGAGAUGGAGAAACCUCAGAGCUCUCAAGGUGCCAAAAAGGAGACAGUUCAGACUGAGCAAGGCAAAGGGACUCACCAGAAGCGGAGGUCUUCUUCACCUAGUCAAGUUUCAUUGAAGAGUGAUGAUUCAAUGAUCCAACCACUUCAUUUUGCUUCUGGCAAAAGGAGGUCUUCACCUAGUCAUGUUUCAUUGAAAAGUGAUGAUUCAAUGAUCCAACCACUUCAUUUUCCUUCUGUCAAAAGUAUGUAUGUGGAGACUGGUGAGGUUCAAAGAAGACUCUGUCAGGAGCACCACCGAGCUCAGGUUAUGUUCUGUAAAACUGAGCAGGUAGCCAUUUGUACGGAGUGUGCAGUGAAGGAACACAGAGAACACGAAAAACAAUACAUGAAGAUCUCAACACUUCCCAAUACUCUCAUGACACUACAAAAACUCCUGGGUAACAUGACCGCCUCCGAGUUUCGAGAGUUUAAAAGAAAUUUGGCUUACGAAUACCCAGAAUGCUUUGAGACUUUGCAAGCUGAUAGCAAUCAAGAUGUUGCUGAAAGGAUGAUGGGAAGUUUCUCUGAAGAUGAAGUUCUUAGAGUUACAAUUCAGUUGGCAUCAGUCAAGCCAGUAUCCAAAUGUCAAGAAAAAAUCAAAGAAAAACUUCGAAUGAAAUUCCGACAUAUUCAUGAAGGACUUGCACUACCAAAAACACAAGUUGUGUUGCAUGACAUUUACACAGAGCUCUACAUCACUGAGGGUGGAAGUGAAGCAGUCAGAGAGGAACAUGAAGUAAGAAUGAUAGAGAAAGCUGACAAAAAUAAUAGCGCUCAAGAAACCCCUGUUAACAUAACAGACAUUUUUAAGUCACCAAAUGAUUGUAUUAGAAGUGUCUUAACCAAAGGUGUGGCUGGGAUUGGAAAAACCGUGUCUGUUCAGAAGUUCAUGCUAGACUGGGCAGAAGAUAAGGCCAAUCAAGACAUCGACCUCAUCAUUCCUUUAUUUUUUCGUGAUCUCAAUCUUGAGAAGGUAGCCUGCAGUCUGAUGGAGCUGCUGCAGAGAUUUUUUCCAGAGCUCAAAGAUAUCGAAAGUGUUGAGAAUGGCAUUAAGAUUUUGCUGGUCCUGGAUGGUCUGGAUGAAUGUCGAAUCCCCUUAGACUUUCAAAACACCAGGGCGUGCUGCAAUAUAAUAGAGCCAGUGUCUAUGGAUGUUCUUCUGACAAAUCUAAUAAAAGGUAAUCUACUGCCCAGAUCUCUCCUCUGGAUCACAUCUCGUCCAGCUGCGACCAAUCAGAUACCAUCUGAGUGUAUACAUAGGGUGACUGAGGUUAGAGGCUUCAAAGAUCCACAGAAAGAACAGUACUUUCACAAGAAGUGUAAGGACGCUCAAAUGGCCAACACAAUGAUUAAGCAUGUGAAGUCAUCUCGAAGCAUGCACAUCAUGUGCCAUAUCCCAAUUUUCUGCUGGAUUACGGCAACAGUCCUGGACAUACUCAUAAGAGAAAGUCAAUUGGGUGAAUUUCCAAAAAAUCGGACUCAGUUGUACAUACAUUAUAUAUUCAUCCAGGUUGGUUUAAAAAACAGAAAGUACCAGAAAGCCAUUAACAAUGACCUGCGCGAGUUAACGCAAAGUGACAAACAUAUGAUCUUGAACUUGGCGAAAUUAGCUUUCCAUGGCUUAAAAAAAGAGACUUUGAUCUUGUAUGAAGAUGAUCUGAAGGAAUGUGGGACUGACAUCAGUGAGGCAUCAGAGUUCUCCUCUCUGGUCACACAGCUGUUCAGGGAAGAGUUUGGAUUGUACAGAGAACGAGGCUUCUGCUUCCUACACCUAAGUGUACAGGAGCACUUGGCUGCCAUUCAUGUUCUGGAAAAGUUUUUGAACGAGAGCAUAAAUGUUCUUGCUUCACAUGAAAGUAAAAAAAAAACCAUGACACUGACAGACGUACUCAAGACCGCAGUAGUCGUGGCUUUAGAAAACAAAAUUGGGCAUUUUGACCAAUUUCUACAAUUCCUUUUGGGCCUCACUACUGAGUGUAGCAGGAAGCUCCUGCGACAUCUUUUACCUGAAUUAGAAAAAAAGUCCCUUCAAAGUGAUGAAAUUGUCCAGUUUAUCAGAGAGAAGAUCCGUAAGGAAGACAGAACUGAGACCCAGACGAUUAACCUAUUCCAUUGCUUGAAUGAAAUGGGCCACAAUAGUUUGGUGAAGGAAAUCCAGGAGAGUUUGAAUUCUGGUAAACUCUCUGAUAAGAAAUUAAAUCCCGAGCAAUGUUCAGCCCUGGCUUUUGUAUUACUGAUGUCAGAGGACGUAAUGGAAAGCUUCAAUCUACAAAACUACAAAACAAUAGAAGCAUCCAGUCGUCAGAGGUUACUUCCUAUCAUCAGGGCAUCAAAGAAGGCUGUACUCUGCGACUGUGACCUCUCAGAAAAAGCAUGUGAGGUUGUGGCAUCUGCGCUCCGAACACCGAAUUCUCCGGUUAGAGAAAUGGAUCUGAGCCGCAACAGCAUAGGAGAUGCAGGACUGGAGGAUCUCUGCAAAGGGCUGAAAAGUCCACACUGUCAGCUCGAGAUACUGAGACUUGUAGCCUGCAAGAUUACAGAGAAGUCAUGUGGGAGUUUAGCAACUGCACUUGAGAGCACUGUGUCCAAACUUCGAGAGCUGGACCUCUCUUCAAACCGUCUGACCAACACGGGAGUGAUGAGGCUCGAACCAUUUUUCAGAAGUGAUAAGUGCAAAUUGCAAAGACUGAGUCUAAAGCAGUGCCACCUGACAAAGAGUUACUGCCAGCAUCUAACCGAAGAGUCGGCUUCAUCCUCCACAAAGCAGAUGGAUCUGGAUCUGACAGGAAAUUACCUAGAAGAAAAGGAUAAGCUAUGGAAUUUUUGAUCCUUACUUGGGUGACUCAUACAGAAUUGUAAUACACUACCUGAUCCAAAAAAAAUAAAACAUUUAAGAAGGGUUGAAUUCAUGGACUGUAUCAAAAUCAAUUAAGAAGAUUUGAGAUUAAUUAAAUUGGGCUAAAGAAUUUUUUCAGAAAAAAUAUGAAUGAAGGUCACUUGAACAUUUUGUAUAGAUGCAUGUAGCGAUAACUUACUGGAUUGGGACUAAACAGCUGUGUGUCCAUAAGAAAACCACUUGUUAGUGAGACUUAGUGAGAAAAAAGGCAUAAUGGAAAAGAUUGUUGUGUUGUUUUUCUUUUGUUUGUUUGUUUGUUUGUUUUUGUUUUUCUCCAGAAAGUAGGCAGUAAGUCUGCUGAAUAGAUUGUAAGAAACUUCCUUGUUUGGAGUUAAUAAAGCUACAUAGUAAGAACCCUGAUACAUAGUAAUAACUCUGAUACUUUUAUCACUAUGUUAUUUAUUAACAAUUUUUUUAAAAUACAAUUUGUUUGUCAAAUUUAUGAAGACACUGAUCAGAUCUGUCAGCAAUUAUUGUUUGUAUGUUGUAAUAAAAAUCCAGGAUUGUUAUUAUUGCUAAGCCUUCAUUUUAAGUUUAUGUCACAAACUAUCACCGCUGCUGCCAGACCUUUCGUUAGGAAACUGCAUUAUAUGCAAAUAAUCCACCAUAAAAGACUUGUGUAUCGUCUGCGAAGCAAAGGCAAUUAUGAA